CGCUGGCGGGUGCCCCCGGGCUCUGGAGCGUUGGCCUCCGGCCGGGCUGGUCCCUGCACCGCGGUGGCAGAGACGACGGGAAGAGCCAGUGCGCUCGGCGGCACGGGAACCGGUGUACCUGCUCCCAGGUAGCGGGCGCGUCCGUGGAAGCAAGGGAGACGUGUACGGACAGUUAAGUAUCCCUGUGGUUGAGUCGGAGGGAGAGGGAACGUGGAGGGCGAAGACCCCACAAAAAUCGUGCUUACUGUGAUUAAUACAAAACCCAUAAGCAUUAUCUUCCAUCUUUAAUGGCUGAUUCUGUAGAAGAUCUGGGAGUCCUAAGCAGCUCGGUAAGCUUUGCAGAACGGGUGAACGUGUUUCCGUUACUCCUCUAACACUUACUGUUGGACGCUGUUCCUUUCCAGCUUUGUUAAGGCAUAAACUGUAAAGCUAAAGUCACUAGAUGGUGUCCAGCUCUGUAUGUGGAGCCUAGUCUGCUCCUCAAAGCUCUGAGCAUCACUUUGAAGGACUCGGCAUCUCAUCAGGGAGUGUGAAUGUGGAGAAACUGCUGAACAACUUCUGUAUGGGUUUGUUUUGUUUUUUCCCCUAGUGACUAUCACAAGAAACAGAAUGCCCUCAGAGCACUUCAAAAGAAAGCUCUGGACAAGAAUCCUGAUGAGUUCUACUUUAAAAUGAUACGUGCAGAGCUCCAGGAUGGAGUUCAUACAAUAAAGCAGCCAAAGGAUGAAGUGACCCCCGAACAGGUGAAACUGAUGAGGACACAGGAUAUUAAAUAUGUGGAAAUGAAAAGAGUGGCAGAAGCCAAGAAAAUCGAGAGGCUGAAGUCGGAGCUCCAUCUGCUGGAUGCUGAGGGGAAGAAACCCAACAAGCACGUGUUCUUUUUCGAUACCAAAAAAGAAGUUCAGGAGUUUGAUAUUGCAACUCAUCUGGAUACUGUUCCAGAGCUUGUAGACAGGGUGUACAACCGACCGACCAUUGCAACGUUGGAGAAAGAGACGCUGAAAGGAGCUACUGAUCCUGCCCACUUAAAGAAAUUAGCCCAGCAAAGGAAGAAUCAAUAUGAUCUCCUGAAGCAGCGCAUUGAAAGAGAAAAGGCCAUGUUUGUUAUUGCACAGAAAAUCCAGACACGUAAAGAUCUUUUGGACAAAACUCACAAAGUAAAGGUGAAGAAAGAGACAACAAACAGUCCAGCUAUUUACAAAUUCAAAUUUCAACGGAAACGUUAGCUGUUCCAUUAAGUAAUUGUUACCAUCCUUGCUUAGAAACAGGGUUGUCCUUAUGAAGGAGGAGUGAUACACCAUAUCAGUUUGUUUUUCACUGCAGCCUAGCACUUUGUUAAAACAAAUUACUGUGGGCCUGUGGUAGCCAUAAAUAUAUUGUAUCUAAUUAAUUGAUUAAUAAAUCAGAGAGUUUGUUCUCUUGGUAUUUACAG